GCGAAUUUUAAAAAACGAAGGAGGUUUUAAUCUGCCCGCGUCGAGCUGUCAAAUUUUGGCGGGAGUGCUUGUCUGUGUUUAUUGUUUAUGGUUUUUAAUUUCGGAGUGCUCUCGAAUUAUGGAAGUUUUGAGAUAUAAAUACAUCUUUAUCGUGGUGUCACUGCUUCUUGAGUCCGUCAGUAACGAGGAAUCCAAAACAAAUUCAACAGGGACCACGCCGAAUUGUCCAUUCUCAAAAAUCAUAGAAGAUGUAUUCAAAAUCCACAACAAGACAUCAGAUAAAGAUUUAUAUAAAAGGGAUGAAGAACGAGUCAAAUUGUUUCUGAGUACAAUAGCUAAUAUCACAAACGAAAACAUAAGUAGAAAAGAAGAAGAUCUCAUAAAUAUUAUAAUAGCAUCAAUAAAUAGAAUAAAAAAUAACAUCAGUGAUACAUCUGAUAAGUUAAAUGAAGCAAUCAUAGUUACAUCUCCAAAAGGCAGCGCUGGAGAUAAAAUCAAGAACCAAAUUAAAAGCGGUAUUGAGGAUAAGAUUGAUAUUUAUGGCAAUUAUACUGCAAGCAAGAAACACACAACUAAGAGCAUAGAAAAUUAUGAAGAUCCUACAACAGAAAGACCUAAAUACGUGGAAAUUCUUACAAAGGAUCCUCAUACUAAAAACACAACAUCAGCGAACAUAAUAGAAGUUUUAAAACACCUGAUGCCUUUGUUCAACAGUACAUUGACAAAAGAGGUACAUAACAUAACUAUUAUAGAAACAGAUCAUAGUAAGAACCAUUCGUUUUCCGCGACUAAGAAUGUUUCAACUAUCAUAGUAACGUAUUGUGAUAAUGAUAACUUGACAAAGGUUAACAAGACUUCUGUUGCGACUGACAAAGGUGAUAAAAAGCCUGAUGAAGAAAUUGAUGAUUAUUAUGAUGAAGAAAAGGAUCUGGAAAUUGAUGGUAGUGAAGGUGAUCUAACUAAUAUCACGAUUGGAGAAAAGAAAGAAAUUAUGGAAGCCGCUGAUUAUGGAAUGCAAAAAAUGCACGAAUUGUACACAGUUUUGGAACCAAAGCUAUAUUCUAUGGGUCUCUGGUUGGACGACUCCAGUCCAGCUCGCUACGUAGCAGCCUUCAACGCGCCAUCAGAAGAUGCAGCCAAGUUCUCCCGAUACGGAUAUGCUUCGCUGCAAGCUGCUACCAAGCUGAAGCAGCUAAUCAGAUGGGCUAACAUGAAGACUAAAAUGGGUAAACAAUUGAACAUAUUUGACACCUAG